AUGGACAAAGGGUGGACUAGUUUACCAAGACAUACUGAGGGUUACCAACAUGGUGUUAAUUCAUUUUUGGAUUUUGCCUUUUCUAGAGGUAGACCACAAGGACAGGAAAUUCUUUGUCCUUGUUCUAUAUGUAAUAACUUUAGUUGGGGGCGAAGGGAUGAAGUUUAUGAUCAUUUAAUAAGUAAGGAAUUUCAAAAAGGUUACACUGUGUGGGUUCAUCACGGCGAAAGGAUAAGUCACAUGGAUAGUGAAUCCGAUGAGAGUGAAGUCCAUGAAGGAUUUGUCGACGACAUUCAUGGGCUGCUAAACGGGACGUUUCGGCAUGUGCUUGAAGGAGAUAAAGAUGCUGAUAGGCCAAACGAAGAUGCAAAAAAGUUUUAUAACUUGCUUGAAGAAGGAAAACAAGAGUUAUAUCCUGGCUGUAAAAAAUUUUCGACAUUAUCAUUCGUUAUCCGAUUGUAUUUGUUGAAGACUCUUAAUGGUUGGAGCAACGCAUCCUUUACUGCUCUACUUGAAUUACUAAAAGAAGCGAUUCCUCAUUUGAAUAUUCCUGAUUCUUUCAAUAAAAUCAAGGCCAUGGUAAAAGAUUUAGGACUUGGUUAUAAUAAAAUUCAUGCUUGUCCCAACGAUUGUGUUCUGUUCCGGGAUACAUAUGAAGAUGAUAAAUUUUGUCCAAUUUAUGGAGCUUCUAGGUACAUAGAAAAUGUUGAGGUAGAUAUAGAAGUUGAUAAGUUGAAGAAAAAACCUGUGCCUGCAAAGGUUUUGAGGCAUUUUCCCUUGAUUCCAAGGCUUAAGAAGCUGUUCCUGUGUUCCAAAAUAGCUGAAUCAUUAAGGUGGCACGAUGAACAUCGUUCAAAGGAUGGAAAGUUAAGACACCCAGCUGAUGGCCAAUCAUGGAAAGACUUUGACAGGCUUCAUCCCGAUUUUGCUAAAGAAUCUCGUAACAUAAGAUUAGGGCUAGCUAGCGAUGGAUUUAAUCCAUUUAGAACCAUGAGCUUCUCCCAUAGUACAUGGCCGGUAGUUUUGGUUGCAUACAAUCUUCCUCCAUGGUGUUGCAUGAAACCAGAGUAUGUCAUGAUGUCCUUGCUCAUCCCUGGACCAUGUUCGCCUGGAAAAAGCAUUGAUGUGUAUCUUCAGCCAUUAAUUGAAGAGUUGAAGGUUUUAUGGGAAGUUGGAGUGGAAACAUAUGAUACUUCAAAGAAUCAAACUUUUUAA